UUCACCGGCUAUACGUAUCACCCUCUUCUCUCUCCCUUCCGGAUCGAGCAGAAACAACCAUCGAAGCUGACAACAAACACCGUACAGUCCUACUGUAUAUUUUUCACUGAUCAGCGAAGGCUUCCCCUCUUGUGUGCUUCGACAAUGGCGACUGUGAUGCAGAAGAUCAAAGACAUCGAGGAUGAGAUGGCUAGGACUCAAAAGAACAAAGCAACUGCACAUCAUCUCGGUUUGCUAAAGGCUAAACUUGCAAAGCUAAGAAGGGAGCUUCUUGCACCUCCAUCAAAAGGAGGUGCUGGUGCUGGUGAAGGCUUUGAUGUUACUAAGAGUGGAGAUGCAAGGGUUGGUCUAGUUGGUUUUCCUUCAGUUGGAAAAUCAACCCUUCUGAAUAAAUUAACUGGAACUUUUUCAGAGGUUGCGUCCUAUGAAUUUACUACUUUAACUUGCAUUCCGGGUGUGAUUAUGUACAGAGGAGCUAAAAUUCAGCUACUGGAUCUCCCUGGGAUUAUUGAAGGUGCAAAGGAUGGAAAAGGUAGAGGGAGGCAGGUUAUCAGCACUGCUAGGACAUGCAAUUGUAUUCUAAUUGUUCUUGAUGCAAUAAAACCAAUAACUCACAAGCGUCUGAUAGAGAAAGAGCUUGAAGGAUUUGGCAUAAGGUUAAAUAAGGAGCCACCUAAUUUGACCUUUAGGAAGAAAGAUAAGGGUGGGAUUAAUUUCACAUCAACAGUGGCAAACACACACUUAGACCUUGAAACGGUGAAGGCAAUAUGUGGUGAAUACAGAAUUCACAAUGCUGAUAUCACUCUUAGGUAUGAUGCAACUGCUGAUGACCUCAUAGAUGUUAUUGAGGGUAGUAGAAUAUAUAUGCCCUGCAUCUAUGUUGUGAACAAAAUUGACCAGAUAACACUUGAAGAGCUGGAGAUUCUGGACAAACUUCCUCACUACUGUCCAAUCAGUGCUCACCUGGAAUGGAACCUUGAUGGACUUCUGGAGAAGAUAUGGGAGUAUCUAGACUUAACUCGCAUAUACACAAAGCCCAAGGGUAUGAAUCCGGACUAUGAAGACCCAGUAAUCCUGUCCUCCAAGAGGAGGACUGUUGAGGACUUCUGCAACAGAAUACACAAAGACAUGCUUAAACAAUUCAAGUACGCAUUGGUUUGGGGGUCAAGCGUGAAGCACAAGCCACAGAGAGUGGGCAAGGAGCAUGAGCUUGAUGACGAGGAUGUGGUUCAGAUUAUUAAAAAAGUGUGAUUGAGGUAUAUAGAAGCCAUAAGCAUCCUACAGAAGGUGUCUCUGUAUCACACAUUACGGAGGAAGAUGUUUCUGACAUAAUGUAGUCAUAUAGCUGCUGAGGUAACGAGUUGUGUGGUUACACAUGUGUACGCAAGUAAUAGAUAGCCUCAGGCCAUACAUAUGUGUAAUCAUAGGCUAUAAUGUAUUUAUUCACCUGUUUGAUUAGUUGGUUACUGGCAGAUUGUUAUUUUUUGUGUGGUGUAUUACUGGGUAAGUGGGUAGACAUUAAUCCUCAGUUUUCCGUUUCGAACAAAGAGAAAGAUGGUAAAAAUUUACAGGCGCUCAGAACUUGCUUUCUAGGCAUUCUGCUAAUUCCAACUCGGUCCAGAUUGGGCCGGGUUGAGUUUACUUGGCUCAAUUCAAUGUAUUAAAAGUUUAAAACCUCAAGGUCCUCAACCCUGACUUAGUGAAUCAU